GAAAAAACACACACACAGAAGAACAGGAAAGAGUAGUUACUAAGGAAGUGUUUGUUUUUCCGUUUAAUUAAAACACAAGUAAAAUAAAAAUAAAAAUAAGUAGAUCUAUAGUACAUUACUGUGUUGUAUACUAAACAGAAAAAAACGAAAACCCAAAAAACAAAAUCAAAUUUAACAACCACCAAAAACAAACAUCAAAACCUUCAACUACACACUUUCUUCUUCUUCUCUUCUCUUUUCCUACAUAGGGUUUCGUUCUUGUCUUUCUCUCUCUAAGAAAAAACCCUCGAACAUCAUCGGAUCACAUAAAACAACAACUUCAUUAUCGAAAACCACUUCAUUGUCCGAUCUGAUAAAAAUCUUUUUUUUUUCCAUUCGCCAUUCUCGAUUAUCAUCAUAUCUCUGUCUGUCUUAAUCUCUCGUUACAGAGAGAUAGAGAUAGAUAGAGUUGAUUUUUUUUUUCGGUUUUAUUGAUUAUGUGUGAAGAAGAAUGAGUAGACAAAAAGGAGGACAAGAGGAGGAGGAAGAAGAAGAAGAAGAAGAGGAAUCAGAAGAAGAGUGUUUUUACGAAUCAUUAGAUAGAAUAGUUUCAUCUUCAUCAACUUGUACUUCAUCCUCUUCUUCAUCAGUUGUUGUUUCUGAAGACGAAGAAAAUGUUACUAACAAUAAAAAUCAACCUAUUAUUCCAAGAUUUCCAAUUUCACAUUACGAUGUUUGGAUUUCACAACCUACUUCUAUCGAAGAAAGACGCCAAAAAUUACUACAUGAUAUGGGUCUUGCUUCUGGUUCUUCUCCAGACAUUGAUUACGGAAGAUCUAUUUCAUCCGAUCAAUUACAACAAGGACGAGUCAACUCAUCAACAUCAACGUCUAAUUGUGCAGUAGCUCGAUCUAAAUCAGACGGUGCGGAUUGUAGGGACUCAUCGCCUUGUGAUCACUGCAGUAAUUCUUCUAUUCCUUCUGCUUCUUCUAAUUCCAUUCAAUCUCAGUCUAAUAACAAUGGUAAUUCUGUUGUAGAUAAUAAAAAACUAUUACUAUCCAAAUCACGAAGAAGAAGCAAUGAAAGCAUUGGUGGUGGAUCACCCACUGCUAAUGCUGUUUCUUCUCUUAGUAAGCCUCCUAGUGGUAAGUUGUCUAGGAAAGUGGAUGAUAUGAAUUCAAAUUUGGAUGACGUUGCCCGUGGUGGGGAGCAAUUAGAUGAGAAAUUGAAUACAAAUGGAAAUGUUAAGGACCGGGAAGUAGAGGAACUUGACCCUUCUUGUAUGAUUAAGAAUUUGGACACGGGAACGGAGUUUGUUGUGAAUGAGGUUAGAGAAGAUGGAUUGUGUGACAAAGUUAGGGAAGUUGGAACUGAUAGACAACUUACAUUGGAGGAGUUUGAAAGGUUUGUUGGGCACUCUCCGAUAGUUCAAGAAUUGAUGAGAAGACAAAAUGUUGAAGAAUUUGAUGAUGGCAAGGAUGAUUUGGAUAUGCAUAAAGAUGGAGAUGGUAAUCCUGGAUUGAAAACAAAGAAAAAAGGAAGUUGGUUUAAAAGUAUAAAAAAGAACGUUGCGAGUGUAGUGACUGGUCAGCGGGAGAAGAAGAGCAGUGAUGAAAGGGAUACUUCUUCGGAGAAGGGUGGGAGGAGGUCAAGCUCUGCAACGGACGAAAGUCAGGAUGGAUCCUUUCAUGGACCUGAGAGAGUUCGUGUUCGUCAGUAUGGUAAAUCAUUUAAAGAUCUAACGGCACUGUUCAAAAGUCAAGAGAUACAAGCUCAUGGUGGAUCUGUAUGGAGUAUCAAAUUUAGCUUGGAUGGUCGGUAUCUUGCAAGUGCGGGCGAGGAUUGUGUAAUUCAUGUAUGGCAGGUGGUUGAGUCAGAAAGGAAAGGUGAUUUUUAUGAGAAGUUGGAAGAUGGGAUUCCAUACAACUGUUUACCCAGUGGUUCUCCUGAACCUGCACUGUUGUUGUCUAAUAUGGAAAACAAUUCUGAGAAGAAAAGAAGAGGUAGGAAGUCUAUUAGUCGAAAAUCUAUUAGCUUGGACCAAGUAAAGGUUCCAGAGAGUGUAUUUGCGCUUUCAGAAAAGCCCAUCUGCUCUUUCCGUGGUCAUCUUGAUGAUGUACUUGACCUAUCAUGGUCCAAGUCUCAGCUUUUACUUUCUUCCUCAAUGGACAAAACAGUUAGGUUGUGGCACAUGGCUAGCAAUUCUUGCUUAAAAAUUUUCUCGCACAGUGAUUAUGUCACUUGCAUCCAGUUCAAUCCCGUCGAUGAUAGAUAUUUCAUUAGUGGAUCACUAGAUGCUAAGGUCCGCAUAUGGAGCAUUCCAGAUCGCCAAGUUGUGGACUGGAAUGAUCUAAAUGAGAUGGUGACUGCAGCUUGCUACACACCUGAUGGCCAGGGUGCGUUAGUAGGUUCAUACAAGGGGAACUGUCGUUUGUAUGAUACAUCCGAAAAUAAGCUACAUCCGAAGAGUCAAAUCAAUCUGCAAAAUAAGAAAAAGAAAUCUCAUCACAGGAAGAUCACUGGCUUUCAGUUUGCCCCAGGGAGCUCCACAGAAGUGCUUGUUACAUCUGCAGAUUCACGUAUCCGGGUCAUUGAUGGUGCUGAUCUUGUUCACAAAUUCAAAGGUUUCCGCAACUCGAGUAGUCAAAUAUCAGCAUCUGUGACAGCUAAUGGGAAGUAUGUGGUCAGUGCUAGCGAGAACUCAAAUGUAUAUGUGUGGAAACAUGAAGGUGAAUCUCGGCCAAGCAGAACUAAGGGUGUAACUGUUACCCAGUCUUACGAACAUUUUCAUUGUCAAGAUGUAUCAGUAGCCAUUCCCUGGACUGGUCUAGUUGGCACAAAUGGCCCUGAAGAUGAGAAUAGUGGGUCCCUCAGUUUACUGAGCACCGAGUCCUCUGUGAACAACCACUCUACACCUGCUUUGGUACAUGAGGCUAACAAUAAAAGGGAAAGCUCACCAUCACUCUACGGACGCACCAACAGCCCCUGUCAUGGUACGAUCGCCAGUGUAAGCAAUAGUUACUUCUUUGACAAGUUCUCAGCAACAUGGCCAGAGGAAAAAUUGGUAUCUGCUGCUAAGAAAAGAAGCCCUAACGUGAGUACAGAUUUCUCCACUAUUUUAAAGCAAGGUAGGUCAGCUUGGGGUAUGGUUAUUGUAACUGCAGGCCUCAGAGGAGAAAUAAGAACAUUCCAAAACUUUGGGUUGCCUGUUAGGAUUUAAGUGACUAGCCAGCCAUACAUUCAUGUAUGGUAGCCUCAACUGCAGUCCCAAUUUGGACUUCGGAUUGUCGGCAGAUUGCUAAAAGAAGUUUGUGUAUAGAGAGAUAAUACAUGGUGACUGAGAAGUGAGGAUUGUAAUAUGCAAGUUUGGAACCCCUCGUUCAACGCUUCUUUUCUCGUGGACAGGUUUGUCACAGACAAGUAUCUGGCCGGAUCUGCGCUCAAUUGUGAAGUUUUAAGAGUGAAGAGCGUCACAGUUUCAGUAGUAAAAGAUUCAGAGGUGCAUGCAUUGUUAUACAAAGAUGAAUCUAUCCGACAGAGAAGCUGAGAGGGGAAUUAUUGAGUUUAUCAGAUUUUUCUCAACACCAAGGGGUUAUGUUGAUUCCAUUUGUUACAUGUAAGUAUAGAAGUUCUUUGUUCAAAGUUUCAAAUACACACAGCAACUAAAGAAGAAAAAAAGGUCAUUAUACCAUUCAUCUAUUCCACUAAGUAAAAAAAGGAAAAGGGUGAUAAAUUAAUGUUUUUUUUUACAUCAGAAAUUUUCAGUAUAAUUUUUUUGAAUAUAGUGAAUCAUUUGUCAGAAAA